UUUGACGUCAGAAACUGCAAACAAAUGACCCCAUAAAAAGAGGGAACCUGUCUCAACAAAAAAGGAAAGCUCUGGGCGCACAGCACAGCUUGAGAGGUCUCGUGAGCGCCACAGCUACACUGUCACUCCAGUCACACUUUGACUCGCAAACAAAGAUAAUACAGAAGACUAAAGAUGCCCCUUUCAAGCAGCUCCACAUCCUCCACAAAGAGCAUCCGCAGAGCAGCAUCCGAGCUGGAGAGGUCUGACUCCAUCACGUCUCCCAGAUUCCUCGGUAGACGGCAAAGCUUGAUCGAGGAUGCGCGCAAGGAGAGGGAAGCCGCCGCUGCCGCGGCAGAGGCUGCAGAGGCCAGUGAACAGAUAGUGUUUGAGGAAGACGAUGGAAAAGCGCUUCUCAACCUCUUCUUCACGUUAAGGAACUCCAAGACUCCUGCGCUGUCGCGGACACUUAAAGUUUUCGAGACAUUUGAAGCUAAGAUGCACCAUUUGGAGACGCGGCCGUGUCGAAAGCUCAAGGACAGCCUGGAAGGCCUGGAGUACUUUGUCCGCUGUGAGGUGCACCUCUCAGACGUCAGUACUCUCAUCAGCUCCAUCAAGAGGAACGCGGAGGAUGUUAAAACCACCAAAGAAGUCAAAUUUCAUUGGUUCCCAAAGAAAAUAGCAGACUUGGACCGAUGUCAUCAUCUGGUCACAAAAUUUGAUCCAGACUUAGAUCAAGACCAUCCUGGCUUCACAGACCCGGCCUACAGACAGAGGAGGAAGAUGAUUGGUGACAUCGCCUUCAGAUACAGACAUGGAGAGACGAUUCCCAAAGUGGAAUACACAGAGGAGGAGAUUGGCACAUGGCGGGAAGUCUACUCAACCUUGAGGGACUUGUAUACCACCCAUGCCUGCAACGAAUACCUCGAGGCCUUCCGCCUGCUGGAAAGGCAUUGUGGGUACAGUCCAGACAACAUCCCCCAAUUGGAAGACGUGUCACGCUUCCUCAAAGAGCGUACAGGGUUCCUGCUGCGUCCAGUGGCAGGUUUGCUCUCAGCCAGAGAUUUCCUGGCCAGUUUGGCAUUCCGGGUGUUCCAGUGCACCCAGUACAUCCGACACGCUUCCUCUCCUAUGCAUUCCCCAGAACCUGACUGUGUCCAUGAACUUUUGGGCCACGUCCCCAUGUUGGCCGACCGCACUUUUGCCCAGUUUUCACAGAACCUUGGUCUGGCAUCACUUGGGGCUUCAGAUGAAGAUAUUGAGAAACUGUCCACACUGUACUGGUUCACCGUCGAGUAUGGCUUGUGUAAACAGAACGGUGAGGUGAAGGCUUAUGGCGCUGGACUGCUCUCCUCCUAUGGAGAGCUUGUGCACUCCCUGUCUGACGAACCGGAGACCAGGGAGUUCGAACCAGAGGCUGCAGCCGUGCAGCCCUAUCAAGACCAGACGUACCAGCCUGUCUACUUCGUUUCUGAGAGUUUUUCAGAUGCCAAGGAGAAAUUCAGGACAUAUGUGGCCGGCAUCAAGCGUCCCUUCUCAGUGAGGUUCGAUCCAUACACCAGCAGCGUUGAGGUCCUGGACAACCCGCUGAAGAUCCAGGGAGGCCUGGAGGGAGUGAAGGAUGAGCUAAAGAUGCUGACAGAUGCCCUCAGUGUGUUGUCAUGAUGAUGCCCCCCUCGCUCAGUCUGUGCCCAUCCUGCUGUUGUUUGCUUCCUCUCCGCUGUGCUCUGCGACGUCCGACGUGUAAAACAAGACCGAUGUGUUCAUCUUUCUGUGCUGUACCUCCAGUAUGAUGCUGUUCCUGCUGAGUUGUCGCUUGUUGUGGAAGGCUGUUUGGCCAACAAGGUUGCAACCAUUAAAAACCUCAAUACACGGCGCAGGCAACGUUUCCAAAGAUGUUUCACGCCUCGCUGAGUGUGGAUCCUUUUGUGGAAUGAUGGGGUUUUAUCGACUGGGCCAUUCAUGCUUUUAAAGCAAAUUUGUGUUGUUUGAGAAUUAUGUCAGAAUUUGAACCAAAAUCAAAGGGAACUGUGAUAAUGAAUGUAUUAAAAUAAAACUAAAUGGGUAUGGUAUAAUUAUUUUAAAAUCAAAGAAAAAAUAACGGUAUAAUAAAGUGUAUAUUUAAAUCAUAUCUAUUUUAUUUAGGAAAAAAAAUCUAUCUCUUCUGUGUUAAAGGCUUUUUUUUCCAUGUGAAUUCAGUAUUUGAGUAUUAACUCUAAACUUGCAGAUUUAUUUGGUUUUAUGUUGUUUUCGUGUGCAAAUGCAUAGAAAAAAGAAAAGAAAUGAUGAAAAAUUCUUUCCAUGUUAUGAACUGUUGAUUACUGCUUCCGUAAAAAGAAUCUGUCAAAUAAUAAAUAAUUGCAACAUUA